CGUAAUAAACUUUCGUAAUUAAUGGUUACAAUGACGAAAUAUGUAAUUUUAACUACCUGCUUUGGUCGAUUGUCGCGCGAACAUUCGGCGUGACGUUUUGCUUUCCCAUUGGCCGGACGGAUAGAAGUUUCUAGAAGCUUGUGGUCGUCAUCGACGUUAUAAAAGAGAGGUCGGCCGCCGACGCCCCAGCAGAACAAGUUAGCAUAGAGGAGUGUGAAGUGAAGUUAAGUUGUGUGUUAAUUCGUCUUCGAGUUUUAUCUGUAAUUCAAAGCGCUAUUAUCUAAAGAAAAUGGCUCUCAAAGCGCCUGCGGUUGGUAUUGAUCUUGGAACUACCUAUUCCUGUGUUGGUGUUUUUCAACACGGGAAGGUAGAAAUCAUUGCCAAUGACCAGGGAAACAGAACCACGCCCAGCUAUGUUGCAUUUACUGAGACUGAGCGCCUUAUUGGCGAUGCUGCCAAAAAUCAAGUGGCCAUGAACCCCAAUAACACAAUUUUUGAUGCCAAACGUCUUAUUGGGAGAAGAUUUGAAGAUCAAACUGUUCAAGCUGACAUGAAACAUUGGCCAUUUAAUGUAAUUAGCGACAGUGGAAAACCAAAGAUCCAAGUUCAGUACAAAGGAGAAUCUAAAACUUUUUACCCUGAGGAAAUUAGUUCCAUGGUCCUCACAAAGAUGAAGGAAACUGCAGAGGCUUAUUUGGGCAAGAAUGUUACAAAUGCUGUGAUUACCGUUCCUGCUUAUUUCAAUGAUUCCCAAAGACAAGCCACAAAGGAUGCUGGUGCCAUUGCUGGUUUGAAUGUUCUUCGCAUAAUCAAUGAGCCUACAGCUGCAGCCAUUGCUUAUGGCCUCGACAAAAAGGGUCAUGGUGAGAGAAACGUUCUCAUUUUUGACCUGGGUGGCGGCACCUUCGAUGUAUCAAUUCUGACCAUUGAAGAUGGAAUCUUUGAAGUGAAAUCUACGGCUGGAGACACUCAUCUGGGUGGUGAGGACUUCGAUAACAGAAUGGUGAACCACUUCGUUCAAGAAUUCAAGAGGAAAUACAAGAAGGAUCUGGCAACCAACAAGAGAGCUCUUCGUCGCCUACGUACUGCCUGUGAAAGAGCAAAGCGUACUUUAUCUUCGUCAACUCAAGCCAGUAUUGAAAUUGAUUCUCUCUUUGAGGGAAUAGAUUUCUACACUUCUAUCACUAGGGCUCGCUUUGAAGAAUUGAAUGCUGACCUCUUCCGCAGCACCAUGGAACCUGUUGAGAAGUCUUUGCGUGACGCAAAGAUCGACAAGGCUCAGAUUCACGACAUUGUUCUUGUUGGUGGUUCUACUCGCAUUCCCAAGGUUCAAAAGCUCCUACAAGAUUUCUUCAAUGGCAAAGAAUUGAACAAAUCCAUCAACCCUGAUGAAGCUGUUGCUUAUGGUGCUGCUGUGCAGGCUGCAAUUUUGGCUGGUGACAAGUCUGAGGAGGUUCAAGAUCUCCUUUUGCUUGAUGUUACACCAUUGUCUCUGGGUAUUGAAACUGCUGGAGGAGUCAUGACGGCCCUCAUCAAGCGGAACACAACCAUUCCAACCAAGCAGACCCAAACUUUCACCACAUAUUCUGAUAACCAACCUGGUGUACUCAUCCAGGUUUACGAGGGUGAAAGAGCCAUGACCAAGGACAACAACCUUCUUGGAAAGUUCGAACUGACUGGCAUUCCCCCAGCUCCACGUGGUGUCCCGCAAAUUGAAGUUACUUUUGAUAUUGAUGCUAAUGGUAUUUUGAACGUAACUGCUAUUGAGAAAUCUACUGGAAAAGAAAACAAGAUCACAAUCACCAAUGACAAGGGUCGUCUUAGCAAGGAAGAAAUUGAGCGUAUGGUUAAUGAUGCUGAAAAAUACCGUGCUGAAGAUGACAAACAGAAACAGACCAUUGCUGCUAAGAACUCCCUUGAAUCCUACUGUUUCAACAUGAAGAGCACUGUUGAAGACGAGAAGCUGAAGGAUAAGAUCUCAGAUGCUGACAAGACUUCAAUUUUGGACAAGUGCAAUGAGGUCAUUCGCUGGCUGGAUUCUAACCAACUUGCUGAGAAAGAAGAAUUCGAGGCCCAACAGAAGGAACUUGAAGCACUCUGCAACCCAAUAAUCACUAAGUUGUACCAGGGUGCUGGUGGAGCUCCUGGUGGCAUGCCUGGAUUUCCUGGUGGAUUCCCUGGUGGCGGUGCUGCUCCUGGACCUGGUGGUGCUGCUGGUGCUGGAGCCGGUGCUGGACCUACUAUUGAAGAAGUUGAUUAAACAAUUCAUCACUUGCAACCAUUUUAGUUCAUGGCUAAAGUUUCAUUCCAGAAUCAGUAUUAUUGCAGACACAACUUAAAGUCAAUUUUCAAAGUGAGAUGUCUGCUUAAAGCAAGAAACAAGAAAAUUUAUUGUAUUUAUUCUGCAUCUGAAUUCACUUGAUUUUUGGCAAACCUGAAUGUUCUGUUAAAUUUUCUUCAGUUUAUAAAAAUUAAAGUAAUUGGCAUACAAAAAUGUUUUUCUUACACCUAAGCAAUUCCUAUCUUCCCUAGUUUUCUAGUAUUUAAGUUCUAAAAUUUAAUUAACAUAAAAAUAUCAAUUUUUUUUUUCUAC